CUCAUCUUUCUCCUGUGAGAGCCCCGGCUCAGGGUGGGCUGCUCCGACUCGAAAAACAGAACACACUCGUUUAUAGUACGACGAGUAGAUUUUAACUGCGGUUUCAGUCAAACAGUAAUCUUUCAAGAGAUUUAUCGAGGCAGAGGCGGCAGAUAUGGAGGUGCAGUGGCUUCUGUUGUUCCAUGGCCUGGUGACCCUUCUGGUGGUGGUGUCCUUCCUCUGUGGCCAAUGGCCUAUCUUCGACGACACUUUCGUUCAACGAAUCCACAUCUUCCUCACUUUUGGAGCAUAUGAUCAUCUCCGGCGAUUAAUUGCUGCUAUUUGUGGCCGCAAAGGCAGCCAAGCCCUCCUCUCCCUUGAGUACUACUGCUGCGAUCGUCCUAACCCUACUUUACAGCUAUUAUACAUGGCAAUACUUGGAGUUACUUAUUAUAUUAUUGUACAGACCACAUUCCAGUACAUUCCUGGUUAUUACCUUGGUUCAAUGCACAGGUAUACAAGCUUGUUAGCAGUUGCUGUGGGUGCUAUACUGUUUUUAUUAUCUAGCUUUUCUGACCCGGGAACUGUCAAGGCUGAUAAUGUAUCUCAGUAUCUCUCUGCUUAUCCUUAUGACAAUAUCAUUUUCUCAGAGAAAGAAUGCACAACUUGCAAGAUCCUAAAGCCUGCUAGAUCAAAGCACUGUAGCAUAUGUGACCGCUGUGUUGCUCGGUUUGACCAUCAUUGUGCAUGGAUGAAUAAUUGCAUUGGUGAGAAAAAUACAAGAUACUUCAUGGCUUUUCUUUUCUGGCAUUUACUACUUUGUAUCUACGGAUCUGUUGCCGUUGCACUUGUUCUAGCCGGUCAGUUAAGAGAACUACAGGUUGUACAUAUUCUUACAGCCUAUUACGGCAUUGGAAGAUCAUUCAGGAGUUUGGCUCCAUAUGUUGUACAGUGGCUGAUGGGGUCAUAUGACACACAAAUACUUAUUAUGGUUUUCCUGGCUAUAGUAUCUAUGCUGUUGGCUGGAUUCCUCGCAUACCAUUCAAAACUAUGUCUCACAAAUACCACCACAAAUGAGACUUUAAAAUGGCAAGAUUACUUGGGCUGGCAAAGGAAGGUGAAAGAAGCGAAAGCGAAUGCUGUGGCUCUAAAAGCAAGCGUGAAUGAAAUAGGCUAUGAAAAAAAGCAGCAAACAAACAAAUGGAAGGCCCUGUGUCGCAGAUCUCGUCUAGAGGAAGUUGAGGUUGUGAAAACCAACUUGUAUGACAGAGGGUUUUUGCAAAAUUCACUUCAGAUCGUCAUCCCACUCUCAACACGGCACUCAUUUCACAAUGCAAAUAAAUCAAAAACAGGGUAAUUUUGCAGUUUAGCCUAUUUACUAAUUAAUUAAUUGUUUGCCACUGGCUUGGCUUGCAAGAUAGGCAAGUCCUCGGUGCGUUGAUACUUUGGCAUGGGGCGGGCUGAUUACGGUUCCCAAAUUGGCCGUUGCAUAGUUUUGGGGAGGGGGGCAGGACUGUACCGAGGGUCGGCCGGUACUUGGCGGUCACAGUUAACCGAUCAGUUGUCGCACCGAUUCCCUGGCCCAAUUCUGAUUGUUUGGUUCCUCAAUUUUUAUGUAUUCUUCUUGGAAAGCUAUGUAUUUGUUCUAGUAAGAUUUGUAUCGAUUCUAGUAAGAUUGACUUGGAUAUGUAAGUAAUGAGAAGGAACUUCUCUUCUUUCUCAGGUGUGGGAAAAGUGAAAAGAAGCAAAUAAGAAUGGAUUAGAAUUUGUUAUUGCAUGAAAUUAGAUUGGAUCUCCGAUACUAAACAUUGAAUCUUUCAUAAUAUCACCUUCAAGGUCAAUGGGAAAUAGUUGAUUUUAAAUA